GGUAAACGCCUAACGCCGCGAUGUUUUCAUUAGUGAUGAAAUCAUUCUGAAUCAUGAAACUCAGUAUUUAAGUUUUGUACGUGGGCCUUUCGAGUUUAGUAGAGAAUUUCCUUUGAAAAGUAACCGAGUUCUUGUGAAUUUAUAUCGAAGAUGUCUGUGGUGCCACUGCUUUACCGCGACUGGUGGGAUGACGAAGACUGGUUCACACGUCCAUCCCGUCUCCUGGAUCAGCACUUCGGAGUUGGCCUACGCAGAGACGACCUUCUGAACUCUUUCAGAACAUUCCCCAGAAGUUCGGCGCUAAGGAAUUACGUGCGACCCUGGAACACCAGCAGCGUGCUCCAGAGACAAGAAUCCGGAUCGACCAUACAGCAGGACCAAGACAAGUUUCAGCAAGCCGAAAUAACAGAAGUACAAACUAACCAGGGACCCACUGCCAACACAUGCGUUUGCAGAUCAAAAGACAAUUUUGAGGUGAUCCUGGAUGUCCAGCAGUUCGCCCCGAACGAAAUCACCGUGAAAACCACCGGGAAUAGCAUCACGGUCGAAGGGAAACACGAAGAGAAACAGGACGAGCACGGAUUUAUUUCCAGACAUUUCGUGAGGAGAUACGUGCUGCCCAGCGACCACGACAUCGAGCAAGUGGUGUCCUCUUUGUCUUCCGAUGGUAUUUUAACGGUGAUCGCCCCUAAGAAGUCUGAUAAACCCAAGAAUACCGAUCGUGUAGUUCCGAUUCAGCAAACCGGACCGGCUAAGUCCACGGUUACCUCGUCCACACCCGAACCAAAAAUCGACCAACCCUCCAACUAAACCAACAACUCUUGCUUUUUUUUAUUUAUUAAUUAUUUUAUGUUUGAAAAUAAAUAUAUUUUAAUAUA